UCUAGGUAUUGCGCUUCCGUUAACAAAUAUACAGAAUCGCUGUGUUUACUCGCUCUCUCGCGCAGAUGAAUCGAUAUGCAUCUGGUAUCAUUCGAAUGAAUGUCCAGAUAUAUGCACAGCUACUGUAUUUACACUGCUGUAAUGAAAAUGGGAUGUCUCGCCGGAUACGUAUAUGGCUUUGGUAUUAUCAAUUGAAUGAAAUGCUGUGAAUAUUCGAUCGAAUGGUUUAUGUUUCUUUUAAGAUGAGUAAAAAAAAUAAUCAUAAAUUAUAUUAAUAUAAAUACGAAAUCACACGCGACUCUACAUUAUGUACCAGGAAAAUAAGCGCAUGCAUUCAAAGAGCUCAUUAAUUUCGAUUAAAUGUCCAGUAACAGCGUUGCUGCGACAGUUUCCUUCUUUUUUUUCUCAGCGCCUGCACCAACUGCCUUGUUCUCCCGCGUCGCGACACCUUGCGUGUACGUGAUUUACGUAACACCUCGCACACUGACUUUUUUUCACCCUCGCAUAAACGAGCGAUCUCUUAUUAGCCUGACUUUGGACUGGAAAAACUGGACGAAAUGAAAUAAAAAAACCGUUGGCCAAUCCUGAAUGAGCGUGCCUCAAAGAUUCGCCUGGUUAAUUAGUGGGAAAAAUCGACAUAGUUUUAGCGCUAAUAAUUCGCGAUCGCGUAUAUAAAUGAGGCUCGUUCGUCAUCAGGAAAGUUGUCUCGUGGUUUUCGUUGCAGCGCGAGAACUAGUCCGUCGCAGUCAUGGUGGCUUGUAGUUUGAGCUUCGUCGCGCUUUUCGCCGUGUGUCUCGUGGCUGCCGCUGUCGCCGAGGAAGAGGAGACCUACACCGACAAGUACGACCACCUGGACGUCGACGCCGUUCUGGCUAACGAUCGACUUCGCAAUCAGUACUACAAGUGCAUACUCGAUACCGGACCGUGCGUCACUCCCGAUGCCAUUUUCUUCAAAGACAAGAUCCCGGAAGUCAUUGUGACGAAAUGCCGCAAGUGCACAGCUAGGCAGAAGGAAGCCUUCGCGAAGGUCGUCGAAUGGUUCGCCAGCAACGACCCUCCGGCUUGGGACGCCGUCAUCCGAAAAGCAGUGAACGAAUUCCAGAUGAAAGGAGCAAUUCGGAGGCAGCAAACUACCCCUCGCGCUGAAACGCGCACCAUGUCGAAGAGCUUGGCUAUCGUUUUGGCGCUUUGCGCUUUCGCGGCUUGCGCCACCGCAGAGGAGGUCUACUCGGACAAGUACGACUACGUCGACGUGGUGUCCAUCCUGGCCAACGACAGGAUCAGGACUCAGUAUUACGAUUGCUUCAUGGAUUUCGCGCCCUGCUUCACACCUGACGCCAAGUUCUUCAAAGAAAAGUUCCCCGAAGCCAUUGUGACCAAGUGCAGAAAGUGCACCCAAAAGCAAAAGGACAGCUUUGAGAAGAUAGUCCUAUACUACACGGAGAAGCAGCCCGAGCAGUGGAAGAUGCUUCUCGCCAAGGCCAUCGCCAACUCGCAGAAGAAGAAGAACUAAGCUUCACCAAAGUCUAGGUAUUACACGUACGCGCCUAGCCGAACUUGGUGCCGACGAUCUGAGCGAAGGAUUCGACGGGAGGAACAUCUCGUCGCCAAAUUAUGAUAAUACACCGCGCAUAAGAUCACAAUCUUAAAAUAGUCGUUAUGUCAUGGAAGGACGAUUGUACAUAAAAUAACGCACGGUGAUCGAUUAAUUAUUCAUGCGGCGAAGCAAACGAAGAUGAUACUCGCCCGGCUCGGCCUAAGAUAGCGUAUACGUAUAAGGACUUUUUCGCGUUCGGAGAGUCCGCGAUGUUUUAGCUCUUAAUCUUGCGCGCCGGCUUAAGCUUUUACGCUUGUGCGCGCGGGAAUGAGAAAUAGAUGUAGUAGAGAUGUAAUUAUGUAUUUUGUACGAGAGCUUGCGCGGAAUCUCAGAUUAUGUGUUGAAUGUUUCUGUUUUCAUUUAUUGUUUGUUUCGUCCAGCUGUCCACGGCGACGCAUCUCUGUUUUUGUUUCAAGUUUAUAUGCGUUUCAUACACUCGUUUGUUUCGAGUGCCCGACGAGACGAUGAAAAUGUACACAUGUUAUUUAAAUAAAACUAUAAUAAGUAUAAUGUGCAGCUAAAAA